UUAUUCCAAGAACUGCAUUCUGACGCUGCAUGUGGGACGCAGCGUCAAAAUCAAAAGCGUCAAGCUGCCAAAAAAGUCAACAAUUUCACUCACAAAACAAAAUAAAUCAAUCUCCACAUGAAAAUGCUCAGUGAUUAUGAAUUAUUCAAGCAACUAUGUCACAAACGAAAGAUCACAAUUCCACCGGAUAUCCUAGAGGCUAUGGAAAGCGCAAGUUUCACAGGAAUUCUUCGUCUUCCUUGUCAAUCAAUAGUUCUCCCAGUCUGUGAGAUCCUGGGGCGAGUGUUGUCCUCGUCUUCAACGAUCCGCUCGGUUGACCUGAGUGACUGCAUGCUGAUUUCAAAAGGUCUCAGUAGAAUCUUCGAGGCCCUCACCGAAGGCUCAGCCCUCACCGCUCUCAACCUGAAAGGCAAUAAUAUUGCUGGUGCAGUCGUCUCACAACUGGGGGAGAUAUUCCACCGAAAUCACACCCUCAGGAUCUUGAAUCUCGAGUGGAACAGCCUGGGAACUGACACCGAGUGCUUCUCCAAAUUCUGCGAGGGCUUGUCUUGCAACAACAGCUUGGAAGAACUAGACCUCCGUUACAAUCAGAUAUCUCCGCUGUGUACAGAGGCUCUGACGAAAGUCCUCACACGAAAUAAAUCACUGAAGAUUCUCAAUCUCGGGAGAAAUAACCUGGGGGCUCAGGGGGGCCAGGCCAUCCUCUCCUCCAUGAAGGAAAACUCUACUAUAAUAAAGCUGAACCUCCGAGGGAACUGCAUCCCCGAGGAGAUCCUCACCAUCAUCGAGGAUCUAACUCUCAAAAAUCAGAGCAGAGAGAUCCAGUCUCUCACGAAUAUUUCGAGAGCCCAGGGCCAUAAACUCGUCGUCCUUCACGAGAAUCACCAGAUCCCCUCUUCCACUAAUGAAGAAUCUGUCGAGGAGGACAUCAUCCUCAAGAAGAAAAAAGUUAAACAAAAAAAAAAUAGAAUACCUGGGUGGAAGGGGGAGUCAACGCCAUUCAAAAAGCCUCAUGAUGAUCCUAAAAUCCUUGAGGAUGAGUCCGAGUCAAUCCUCUCUUUGAAUAUUGUAGGGGAGCAGUCAAGACCUUCUGAAUCAGGGAAUUACCCCCUGGAGGUUCCAGUGAAAAAAAAUGACACCGAGAUGUUUUCGAAGAUCACUGAGUUGAAUAGAAUGCUCCAGGAACGAUCAGCAGUGAUAAACACCUUGAUGAAAGAGAUUUCUACGAAAGAUGAAGAGAUCAGGACGAUGAAAGUGUUGAUGAAGCAGCUGCAGGAUGAAAUGGCUGAGUUGAAGAUGAAGAACGAGGGGGUGAACGAGGAGAAGGUGAAGGAGAUAGAGGGGAUGAGGGAAAGCCAGAGAGUAAGUGAAGACACCUUGAGGAAGCUCCAGAGACAGUUGGAGGAUAAGCAGAGAGAACUUGAAGAGAAAAGCAAGGAGUGGGAGGGACAGGCGAGGAGAUACGACGGAGAUGUGCAGAGAAACUCCGCAGCACUCUUUGGUUUGAGGGAGAAAUUCGUGAACAAGUCCCAGCAGUAUGAAGAGGUCAUAUCAAAUUAUAAGACUGAGAUUCACAGGAUAAAGGGGGAGUUGAAGGAGAGAGUCAAUAGACACAAGAUUGAGAUCAAUGUCCUGAAGAGGACAUUGAAGGAGACGACAGAGGCUCUUGAAGAGUGCCAGGUGCAGCUGCAAAAGAGCAGAGUUGAACUCAGAGAGGUUCAGGAUAAUUUGUCUGUUGUCAAAUUGAGGAUCAGUGAGAUGGAGGGUAUCAGUGGAAAGUGUGUCAGACUGGAGGAGACUUUUCAGAAGCUGAAGGAGGAAAAAAUUGUGGUGGAGGAGAAGUUUGUUGAGGCUCAGAGGACUGUUGCGAGUUUGAAGAGGCAAGUGGGAUCGUUGGAGACUGAGUUGGUGGAGCCUCAGAGGAGGUAUAACUUGCUGAAGGAGGAGCUAGAGAAUGAGAGGGAGAAGACUGCCAGGAUGAAGGAGGAGCUCUCGGGGGAGAGGGCCAGACUCAGGGACCAGGAUUGUCAAUUGCAGAAGAUGUCCCAGCAGAUAACAGCACUUAAUGAACAGAUGAGUGAAAUUCAGAGGGGACAUGCUGAGGAAAUUAAGGAGAGAGAGAGGGAGAGGAAGAUGUUGAAGGAGGUAAUUGCAAACAAGGAUCGAGAUCUCAGGGAAGUCAGGGCUGAGGAAGCUCAGAGGGCUGGACUGCUUUAUGCUGCUUUCACGAAGUAUCUUGGGUCUAUUGGAUCCAAUAACCCACUGUAAUGAAUUCUAGGACUCCUGUAAAUAUGCAUUUUGUAAUAAUUUAUUGGCAUUUGUACCUUAUUUAUUGGAUUUAAUGAAGAAAGGUAAGAAAUAUUUUGGAGCUUUGUGCUUGACGAAUUUUUGUUAUUGGCCCUUAGGUUAUUGUCUUCAAUCGCGUCCUUAUCAAUUAAUUUGUCAUACCCUCAUCUUCAUUUAUCAGUAUUAAAACCUUCUUUAUUGAAUUCAGUAAAAGAAAUAAAAGAAUUUGUUUAUCUUUUAUAUUCCAAGAACGUUAACUUUAAUUUAAAUUAUCACUCUCUUGCAUUGACUUCCGUUCCUUUGAAUAAGUCUAUAUUUUCCAAUUGAACUACGUAAUUUAGUGAAUGACACUGUUUCUCACGUAACUACAUUUUCUGAGAAUUUUCUAAUGUUAUCCCCGAUAGAUAUGUGAUCAGAGUCCCGCACGUGUCUCCACACACUCAUGCAAUAAAUACAUAAAUGUGAGGUAUUGCCAGCAGUAAUCAACGAGGCAUGUGUCCGCUCAGUAUAUAGAUCGGGUUAAUAUCACAUGUCACCAAUAAUUAUCUAAUCACUCGUCUGCUCUGGACUGAAUGAAGACAAAAACUUGCAAUUAGCGAUUUCGUGGAAUCUAAUGGAGGGAAGUACACGUCACGAACUGCAUGAAGAUAUUUCCUUUAAUUCGCAAUAAAAUUCAUAUUUUGCUCAUUAUUUAAUUCAUAACAGCCAUUAAUUUAUGAAUAUAGCCGCUAACGAUCGGUUUUCAUGAGAGUUACGUUGAGAAUUAUUAUUUAUACCUGCGGAUUUCUCUUGAAGCAAUUUCCAUAGAAAUUCCUGGUACUUCUAACAGCAGCUGUUGUCUAAACCGAAGUAUCAUCCACGGAAAUUGCCUUUCCUGAUGAACUUCCUGCCUCGUUAACAUUUUUUUAAUUAUGUAACGAUUCUAGGAUGUCGAGGGAAUUAACCAGUGAAAUGUGAACGACGUGAAUUCCAUUUUUAACUUGGGGUCCUGGUUGGGUCAUCGCGAUAAUGAGUGGUUUUAGAAGAAUGUAGAUUUUUUUUUUGUACAUAAAUUGAUU